AGCGACUGGAUAGAUAUAGAAAAACACUGUUUACUUUUCUAGAAACCAUCUAGAAGAAACUCACAGCUACUUGUGCCGCCGCUCUUUUCCAAUGGCGAUGGCGAUGCGUUGUGCUGCUACCACCCUGCCGCCGCUGUGGUGUCGUUUGCUACUCGCGAGGAAGAUGGCCUACCUUCCAUCGCCGUAUGCUCUCGACAUGACCAAGGAUCAUAUGUCGGAGCGCGAGCACUCCCUGGAAAACAUGUACUUCUGGAAAAAGGAGCGGGAGCUCCUCAAGAAGCUCGCCAAGAAGGCCGGAAUCGAGGUCGAGGAUACUCGACAAGUGGUGCCGCCAAUUGUCCCUCUGCCAAACUCGGCUUUUACAGUCACUCUCUUGGGGCUGGAGAACGAGGAGCUUCGAGCUGCAGAGGGAUGAAAGUUCCAAGCAAGGAGAAGCUUGAUCGACUUGUAAGAUGUGUGAUAUAACUCCAAUGUGAAGAGAUAAAGAAGAAAAUUUGCUCAA